CCUACACGAUCUAAUCCGAUACGAUACGAUACGAUCGUUUCUGGUCCACGCCUGUUGGCCAAGAGGGCUUCGAUAUAUCCGAACCGAUUGAUAUCACCCCGACCCUUAACUGAGCAUACAUCGAGCUCUUCUUCGCCUCUGGCGGAGCAAUCGCCGCCAUGUCUCUCAACAAUAUGGCCGGCCUCCUGGCUGGCCGCGACGAGGAGAAGAACGGAGCUGCCAAGCUGCUGGACCUGCUGAAAAAUCCUUGGUCCGAUUCGCUUCAAGCUGCCUCCAUGUAUUCCGCCUUGGGCAUCUCACUGGGAUUCACCGUCUUUACCGCCAUCAUCUUCUCUCUCCUUCGCCCCUACAACCAGGCCGUCUAUGCGCCCAAACUCAAGCACGCCGAUGAGAAGCAUGCCCCUCCUCCGCUCGGAAAGGCCCCCUGGUCGUGGAUCGCAACUGUCUGGGGAACAAAGGAGGAGCAGCUCAUGCACUCGAUUGGCAUGGAUGCUACCGUCUUCCUCCGCUUCGUUCGAAUGUGCCGCAACAUGUUCUUGACUCUGUCAGUCACCGGCGUCGGAAUCCUCCUGCCCAUUCACAUCUCCAACUUCUCAUCCACCGGACAAAUUACCGACACUCAAUGGGUGACCAAGAUCACCCCCCUCGAUGUCAAGGAGUCCGCUGUCUGGGCCCAGGUUGUGAUUGCUUGGGUGUUCAACAUUAUCGUCGCCAGUUACCUCUGGUGGAACUAUAGGAAGAUUCUCCAACUGCGAAGAAAGUAUUUCGAAACUGAGGAAUACCAGACUAGUCUCCAUUCCCGGACCCUGAUGUUGUUCGAUAUCCCCAAGAAGGGCCGUAGUGACGAAGGAAUCGCAAGACUCAUCGACGAGGUUGCACCCAACGCCUCAUUCGCCCGAACCGCCGUCGCGCGCAACGUCAAGGACCUGCCAAACCUCAUUGCGCAACACGACCAUGCAGUCCGCAAACUCGAGGCAAUCCUCGCCAAGUACCUCAAGAACCCAGACAAUAUCCCCCCGGCCCGGCCCAUGUGCAGACCCUCGAAAAAGGACCGAUCCUAUGGCACGUAUCCUAAGAACCAGAAGGUCGACGCCAUCGAGUACCACACCCAACGUAUUCGCGACCUCGAAAUAGAGAUCAGGGAGGUCCGCUCCGGCGUGGACAAACGUGGCUCCAUGCCCUACGGUUUCGCCAGUUACUCGGACAUUAUCGAGACUCACAAUAUUGCCUAUGCCUGCCGCAAGAAGAAGCCCGUCGGCACGACCAUUAUGCUGGCGCCCCGGCCCAACGACAUCAUUUGGGAUAACAUGGUUCUUUCUAGUUCCACCCGAAGUCGCAAGCGAUGGUUCAACGGCCUGUGGGUCGUCGUCCUCACUCUCCUCUGGAUUGUUCCCAACGCCAUGAUUGCCAUUUUCUUGGUCAACUUGUCCAACCUGGCAUACGUGUGGGACGCGUUUAAUAAGUCGCUUUCGGCCAAUACCACAUUCUGGGGUGUGGUCCAAGGUAUUCUCUCACCCGCGCUCAUGUCAGGUGUUUACCUAGUUCUCCCUAUGAUCUUCCGUCGUCUCUCGAUCAAGUCUGGUGACCAAACUAAGACUGGACGGGAGAGGCACGUUUUGGCCAAGCUAUAUGCCUUCUUCGUCUUCAACAACCUGAUUGUCUUUUCCAUCUACAGCCCUGCCUGGACCUACGUUGUUGGUGUCAUUGAGAAGGUCCGGAACGGCAAUGACGCAUGGCAGGCUGUCGUCGAUGAGAAUUACGCCAACUUGCUAUUCAUCGCGCUUUGCAACAACAGUGUUUUCUGGGUGACAUAUCUGUUACAGCGACAACUCGGUGCAGCCAUCGAUCUUGCCCAAUUGUGGCCCUUGGUCCAGGCCUUUUUCCUCAAGAAAUUUGCGAGCCCUACCCCCAGAGAGUUGAUCGAACUGACGGCGCCGCCUCCCUUCCAAUACGCCGAGUACUACAACUACUUCCUCUACUACGCCACCGUUACGAUGUGCUUCGCCGGAAUCCAGCCCCUUGUCCUCAUCGCCACAGCCCUAUACUUCACCAUCGACUCAUACCUCAAGAAGUACCUCAUAUUGUACCGCUUUGUGACCAAGACUGAGUCUGGCGGCAUGUUUUGGCGUGUCGUCUUCAACCGAUUCAUCUUUGCCACAAUGCUUGCCAACCUCGUGAUCAUGCUUACUUGCUGGGUCAAGGGCGAUAACCAGCAUGUCAUGUUCUUCUCAGUGGUCCCAUUGCCCUUCCUCAUGUUGGGUUUCAAGAUCUAUUGCUCCAAGGCCUUCGAUGAGAAGAUGCGCUAUUACAGCACCCACGACGCCGUUAGACACAGCGAGACUGGCCCUCAGAAGGAGAGCCGAAACCGCAGCGACCGACUGGCCAGCCGCUUUGGCCACCCAGCCUUGUACAAGCCUCUUAUCACUCCCAUGGUGCACUCUAAGGCUCAGAACCUUCUCCCCGCCAUUUACAAAGGAAGGCUGUCUGAUGGCCGGGAGGCGAACGCAGGCGAUAUGAUGAGCGUCAGCGGUUAUUCGGAUAUGUAUGCGCUUGACCCCAUGCAGGGUGGACGACCUGGAAAGACUGCCAACAACAAUAUGCCUGGAUUCGAAAUCGUCUCGGAGAAUCAGAUGGACUUUGGAUAUUACAAGAACAGGGCAGAAUUCGCGGAGGAUCACGGUGGAGGUGAGAUCUACGGACGCCAGGGCGAGAUUAUGCGACCAGGUACCCCUGGUUCCAUGGGCGACGGUAGCGACCACGGUUCGAGACCUGGCACACCUCUAUCCGGCCGGUCAACUCCCUUCGCUGGUGCCAAGAACCGCAACCCCAGCGACACGAGCUACCAGGGAUUCCGAGGCCCUCCAGGUGGCGGGUUUGCUCAACAGCCGAUGAUGGGGUCAGAUGUACCCAGCCGGUCUCGCACCCCGAUGUACUCGCAAGAUAACGGGAGUUCGUCAGGGCUUGGGCUCAUCAAUAACGCUGCGGCCCCUGGAUCUGGACGCAUGACUCCGGUUAUUCCUCAUCCUUCUCACAGCCCCGGACCAUCCACGGGCGCCUUGGGUGGCGGGCCACAAGGCUACAGCAACUUGGCACAAAACGAGGACACCGAUCCGGCACAAUACGACUAUUUCCGUGGCAGUGCCAGGGCGAGACGAAACCCUGGUGAGGGUUGGUAAUACCCUUCGCCCACCAACAAAGGGUGACAACUUUGGGAAGGGAAUGGCCUUUUUCAUUGUGUUUGAAUUUGCAAGGCGUUUGGAUAGAUUGGGCUU